AUGGUCAAAUUUACUUCAAUUGCCCUCGCCGUCGUGGGCGCGAUGGCUUCUCUUGUGGCUGCGGACAAUUGCCAGACCGGUCUCCAGUACUGCGGCUACGUCCUCUUGAGGAAAGGAAACUAUUAUGCCCAAAUCGUUCAAGCGUUGCACCAAGCGAAGCUGCCGACCGACCCACGGCACGUCCAGAAUACUCUUUUCCAAUGCAUUGGUGGACCGAACGGCGAAAUCAAGGUUAUCAAAUUCUGCGGAGCGGCUUGCCAUGAUGGAGGCAACAAUCACAGCGAUACUUGCUGA